AUGGGGAACAGCACAUCAUGCUGCGUGUCGUCCAGCCCGAAGCUCCGGAGGAACGCGCACUCGAGGCUGGAGCCGUACCGGCCCGAACCGGAGCUGAGCCGCGAGGACACGGGCUGCAACCUGCAGCACAUCAGCGACAGAGAAAACAUAGACGAGCUCAACAUGGAGUACAAUCCUUCAGAUCAUCCUCGCGCCAGCACCAUCUUCCUCAGCAAGUCUCAGACUGACGUUCUUUUGCCCAACAAGAAAGUUCGGGAAAAACGGAAAAGUCUGUAUGUCAACCAUCAACAUCCGUCUGGUCCAAUGAGACGCAAGUACAGCUCAUGUUCGACGAUCUUCCUAGACGACAGCACCGUCAGCCAACCCAACCUCAAAUACACCAUCAAAUGUGUCGCCCUCGCAAUAUACUACCACAUAAAGAACAGAAAUGUGGACGGGCGAAUGCUGUUAGACAUUUUUGAUGAAAAGCUUCAUCCACUUUCAAAAUCGGAGGUGCCGUCAGACUACGACAAGCACGACCCGGAGCAGAAACAGAUCUACAGAUUCGUACGAACGCUCUUCAGUGCCGCUCAGCUCACAGCCGAGUGUGCCAUAGUUACUCUGGUGUACCUGGAGAGAUUAUUAACGUACGCAGAGAUUGAUAUUUGUCCUGCUAACUGGAAGAGGAUCGUUUUGGGUGCCAUCCUGUUGGCAUCGAAGGUGUGGGAUGAUCAGGCUGUGUGGAACGUGGACUAUUGCCAGAUUCUCAAAGACAUUACUGUGGAAGACAUGAACGAGUUGGAGCGGCAGUUUCUGGAGUUGCUGCAGUUCAAUAUUAACGUCCCAUCGAGUGUCUACGCCAAGUACUAUUUUGACUUGCGUUCGCUUUCGGAGGCGAACAACCUCAGCUUCCCCCUGGAGCCUCUCAGCAGAGAUAAAGCCCAGAAACUGGAGGCAAUCUCCAGGCUUUGUGACGACAAAUAUAAAGACUUGAGAAAAGCAGCCAAGAAACGCUCAGUGAGUGCAGAUAACCUGUCAGUGGUCAGAUGGUCACCGGCCAUCAUAUCCUAAUAACGGUGGACAUUGAAGACUUUGACUAGAUACACACAUACACACUUGUGCUCAGCACCUCCACAAGACUCUUGAGCCAGAGGUUUCUGUGUACCUGCUGGCCAGAUGGCUGCUGUAAAUACAACAAACAAACAAACAAACAAACAAACACACACACACACACACACACACACACACACACACAAAGAUCACUUUCCAACCUGUGGCUUAGAGGACAGAGAGAGACGAAAAUGAGGGAGAAACCCCCCAAAAAAGACGCCUCUGACUGGAACAGCAUUCCUCCAGCUCUGUGUCAUUACGUCUUUGUCAUUCUAGGUGACAAUGCUUUCACAAACGUGUUUCUUGAUCUUGUAAGGUUAGAAAAAAUGUACCUGGACACUCAAGAAUGUGUCAAGAUGGCCAAAAAAGAAAACAACUACCACCAUGUCUUUGAGAUAAACAUUCCUUAAAAGUAUUUCCCUCCAAAACGGCUGUGAGCUGAUGGAACUAUCACCAUUGUAGUCAUACAUACUGUUAUUUAACUUUUGUCGUUUUGUUAAUUCUUUAUUUAUUUUUAUUUUUUAUUUAAAACAUCCUUGUUGAUGAUUUACUAAUCUUUAAUGAUCCAAUUGGGAACAUGCAUAAUUUGGACGUCUGUUUAGUCUGAUUGAUUUUAUUAAAAUUUAUUUUUAACAAUUUUUUUUUUUGUUUUGUUU